AUGGAGGAGAGCUGGGACGCACAGUGGGAGCCAUUUCUUGAGACCCAAUCCAUCCACGCAGGCAGGAACGUGGAGAUUUCUCCCUGGGAAGACCCCAAGGCCUUUCUGGCCUGCUUCAAGCAGGUGGCCACAGCCUGCAGGUGGCCCAGAGAAGAGUGGGUGGCCCAUCUCCUGCCGGCCCUUUGUGGAGACGCUGAAGAGGCCUUGCAGAGCCUGGACACCAUUCAUCAAGAGGAUUAUGAGAGCGUGAAGGCCGCCAUCUUGAGGGGAGAUGCGGUGAAAAGGGAAGGGAAACGUCAGCGUUUCAGACAGUUCUACUGUCAGGAAGUGGAAGACCCACGAAAGGUCCAAAGCCAUCUCCAGGAGCUUUGCCACCAGUGGCUGAAGCCGGAGAGACACACCAAGGAUCAGAUCCUGGAGCUCUUGAUUUUGGAGCAGUUCCUGGCCAGUUUACCUCCGAAACUUCAGGACUGGGUUCAGUCAAAGAGGCCGCACACAAGUUCCCAGGCUGUGGCUCUGAUGGAGAACUUCCUUAGGAGCCAGCCAGAAGUCAAAUCCAAGCCGGGUCAGGAGCCCUUGAAAGAGAAAGAUGUCAUUUUCUUACAUGAAGAAGAAUCUGCGGAGGCCGUGGAGAUCGAACAUGGUUUUAGAGGGCAGCGGAUGGAGAAAACGCUGAAAGAAGUAGAAGCCGGAAGUCCAAAUUUAGAAGAGGAAGUCGAUGGAGGGACACUGCCGAGUCGAGUGGCCAAAGCUUGCCGCUGGCCUAGAGAAGAAUGGGCCGCCCAACUCUUCCCAGCCUUGAGCGGAGAAGCAGAAGAGGCCGUUCAAAACCUGGAAAACCAAGAGCAGGAAAACUACGGCAAAGUGAAGGCCGCCAUCUUGCGAGGGGAAGCCCUGACGACGGAGAUGCAACGCCAACAUUUUCGGCAGUUCUGCUGCCAGGAGGUGGGAGACCCCAGGAGACUUUACGGCCAACUCCAUAAGCUGUGUCUCCAAUGGCUGAAGCCAGAGAGACACACCAAGGAACAGAUCCUGGAGCUGCUGAUCCUGGAGCAGUUCCUGGUCAGCCUCCCACCGGACCUCCGGAGCUGGAUCCGAGCAGGAAGGCCAGACACGUGUUCCCAGGCGGUGGCCCUGGUGGAGGACUUCUUGGCAAGCCUGCAAGAGGCCAAAUCUGGAUCCUAUCAGGGGCUGCUGAAGGACGACCCUGUGGAUUUUGAUCCUGCAGAGGAAGAACUCUUGGAAACCAUGAAGAGGGAAAGGGUUGAAAUGGAGAUCAGUAUGUUGGGUAAUGGAUGGGAAAGUGAGAUCAAGAUGGAUGAUUGUCUGGGUGAAGAUGAAAAGCUGGAAGCUUCCUCCGGGAUAGAUUCUCCCAAAUGCUCUGUGGAUCCGCCAUUAAACUUCCGGUCAAAAAAGCAGACCCGGAAGUCGCCUGUAGAGAACGAGAAGGAACGUCUUUUGCUGCCCAGAAAAAUUUCUGCUGCCGUUAUUGGAAAGACCACUUUAUCCAGCAAGGAUAAAACGCCUUUGUUCUCUAAGUACGGUAGGAAAUACCACUACAGGGUGGAGCUUGACAUGAUCGACUCCUCGGAGGACUUUGAAGAAUGGCCUAGCUCCGAGGAAGACCUCCAGUGUGUUUCUGACUUUUGGGGAAAGGCAGAAAACAGAAGAAUUGAGAAAAAGUGUCAGUUUCCUGGGGGUAGAAACGGGAGUCACUUCCACAGAUAUCAGCGUAGUUAUCUAGAGGAAAAAGAUGACCCUUCUCUCGAGUACGUCGAGACCUUCAGUGGUGCAAACUCGCUAAAUAUCAUUCAGGCCCCUGAUCACGCUGAAAGGAAAGUGUAUGAAUGCUCUCGGUGCGAGAAACGCUUUGGUAAAUUUAGCCAGUGGAAUCAACAUCAGAAAAUCCACACCGGAGAAAAACCGUACGAGUGUUCCCAGUGUGGAAGGUGUUUCAAUCAAGCAGGAAAUUUGAAGACCCACCAGAAAAUUCAUACAGGAGAGAGACCCUACCGAUGUGCCCAGUGUGGGAAAAGCUUCAAUCAGGCAGGAAAUCUGAAGACCCACCAGAAAAUUCAUACGGGGGAGAGACCCUAUCAAUGUUCCCAGUGUGGGAAAAGCUUCACCCGAGGGAUCCUUUUGAAGAUACACCAAAGGAUUCAUACUGGAGAAACACCCUACAAAUGUUCCGAGUGCGGGAAAGGAUUCAAUGAGAUGCGUAACUUAAAAAGGCACCAGAGAAUUCAUACCGGAGAGAAACCUUACAGAUGUUCCCAGUGUGGGAAAUGCUUCACUGAGGCAGAUGUUUUGAAGAUACACCAAAGAACACACACCGGAGAGCGGCCGUACAAGUGCUCGGAGUGUGGGAAAUCCUUCAAUAAAUCGGGAACCUUGAGGAGACAUCAAAGAAUUCAUACCGGAGAGAAACCCUACACAUGUUCUCAGUGCGGGAAAGGUUUCCGACAGGCAGGACUCCUGAAGAGGCAUCAAAGAAUUCAUACUGGCGAGAGACCCUACAGAUGUUCUCAGUGUGGGAAAUGGUUCAAUCAUAAGUGCUUAUUGCUACAGCACCAGAAAAUUCACACCGGGGAGAAGCCGUACAAAUGUUCCCACUGUGGGAAAUGCUUCAAUCAGUCGGGAAAUCUGAAGACCCACCAAAGGAUUCACACUGGCGAGAGACCCUACAAAUGUUCCCAGUGUGGGAAAUGCUUCAGUCACACCAACUGCUUGAAGAUGCACCAGAGGAUUCACACUGGGGAGACCUACAAAUGUACUCAGUGUGGGAAAUGCUUCAGAGAGACGGGAAUCCUGAAGAGGCAUCAACGGACUCAUACCCGAGAGAGACCCUACAAAUGUUCCCAGUGUGGGAAAUGCUUCAGCCUGUCGGGAAUCCUGAAGAGACAUCAAAGGACCCACACUGGGGAAAGACCCUACAAAUGUUCUCAGUGUGGGAAGGGCUUCAAUCAGAUGGGAACGCUGAAGAAACACCAGCGAAUCCACACAGGAGAGAAGCCGUACAAAUGUUCUCACUGCCAGAAAUGCUUCAACGAGAGAGGAAAUUUGAAGAGGCAUCAGAGAAUCCAUAAAAUUCACACCGGGGAGAAGCCGUACAAAUGUUCCCACUGUGGGAAAUGCUUCAAUCAGUCGGGAAAUCUGAAGACCCACCAAAGGAUUCACACUGGCGAGAGACCCUACAAAUGUUCCCAGUGUGGGAAAUGCUUCAGUCACACCAACUGUUUGAAGAUGCACCAGAGGAUUCACACUGGGGAGACCUACAAAUGUACUCAGUGUGGGAAAUGCUUCAGAGAGAUGGGAAUCCUGAAGAGGCAUCUAAGGACUCACACUGGAGAACGACCAUACACGUGUUCCCAGUGUGGAAAAUGUUUCAGCCUGGCGGGAAUCCUGAAGAGACAUCAAAGAACCCACACUGGUGAAAGACCCUACAAAUGUUCUCAGUGCGGGAAGGGCUUCAAUCGAUUGGGAACGUUGAAGAAACACCAGCGAAUUCACACAGGAGAGAAGCCGUACAAAUGUUCUCACUGCCAGAAAUGCUUCAACGAAAAGUGCUGGAUGUUUAAACACCAGAAAAUUCACACCGGGGAGAAGCCCUACAAAUGUUCCCACUGUGGGAAAUGCUUCAAUCAGUCGGGAAAUCUGAAGACCCACCAAAGGAUUCACACCGGGGAGAGACCCUACAAAUGCUCCCAGUGUGAGAAGUGCUUCAGUCACACCAACUGCUUGAAGAUACACGAGAGAAUUCACACUGGGGAGACCUACAAAUGUUCUCAGUGUGGGAAAUGCUUCAGAGAGACGGGCAUUUUGAAGAGGCAUCUCCGGAUCCACACCGGGGAGACCCCGUACAAAUGUUCGCAGUGCGGGAAAGGCUUCAACCUGAUGGGAACGUUGAGGAAACACCAGCGAAUCCACACCGGAGAGAAGCCGUACAAAUGUUCCCAUUGUGACAAAUGCUUCCGGGAGACAGGGAUUCUGAAGAGACAUCAACGAACUCAUACCGGAGAGAGACCGUACAAAUGUUCCCAGUGUGGGAAAUGCUUUACUCAUACUAAUGUUUUGAAGAUACACCAGAGAAUUCAUACUGGGGAGACACCAUAUAAAUGUACCCAGUGUGGGAAAAGCUUCAGUCAGAUGGGGAAUUUAAAAACUCACCAGAGAAUUCAUACUGGACAGCCAAUCAACAAAUGCCCUCAGUGUGGGAAAGGCUUCACUCAGAAAGGGGACCUGAAGAAUCACCAACGAAUUCACACCGGCGAGCAACCCUAUGAAUGCUCUUACUGCGGAAAAUGCUUCAACCAGAAGGGAAAUCUAAAGACCCACCAGAGAAUUCAUACUGGAGAGAAGCCUUACAAAUGCUUGCUGUGCGGGAAGUGCUUCAUCCAAGCGGUCCUUUUGAAGAACCAUCAAAGGACUCACACGGGAGAGAGACCCUACAAAUGCCCUCAGUGCGGGAAAGGUUUCAACCUGGGAGGGGACUUAAAAAAGCACCAGAGGAUUCACACGGGUGAGAGACCGUACAAAUGCCCUUUGUGCGGGAAAGACUUCAGCCAGAUGGGAAAUUUGAAGAAGCACCAGACCAUUCACACAGGGGAGAGAUGA